GUUUAAUCUCCUUCUUCCCCACCACCGACGAAUGAUGCUCUGUCGGAGCACCUCAUCCUCACUCACUCACUCACUCACUCACACACAAGGUGACAGACGAUGUCCGACUCAUUGGGUGGUCAUCCUGAUAGCCAUGGCUUGGAUUCUUUCCAUGGUCCUCGCGCGGAAUGUCUUACUUGACGAUAAGGGGAGGGAGAGGAGAGGAGGUAGUAGCGCCCUCAUCGCUGCCUCAUGGGUGUUGUUGACCCUUGGAUCCAUUCCUUCCAUUCUUCACCAGUUCUCCGGGGCCCCCUAGCGCGCCCUUGGAACUGUACCGUUAACCUGACAAGUGGCCCUCAAAGGAAGGGAAAAAAAAAGCUCCC